AUUUGAAAAAGCAAAGUUGCCCGCCUGAUAACUCUAACUUCUCCAAAACUCUCCUUCAUCGGAGAAACUGCAUACACUGAGUGAACCCACCGAGUCAUUCAUAUCAAUCACUCCUCCAUAAGAAAACGAUGGUCAGAAACGACGCCGACGGCAAGUUAAAGUCUGCAAGAAGGAAGCCAUUGCGAAACAUCUCUAAUGGCGGCGUCAAAUCUUUGAAAUCUACGGCUAAGAAGAUGAAGUUUACGGAUAAAGAUCCUCAAAAUCAACACCAUACCAACAGCAAUGAAGAUCCUCUUGAUCGCCUUCUUUUGCUUCAUUCCGAAAUCUCCUCUACUUUUAGUCAGAUUGAUGAGCUUGUUGUUCAAGCUGUCAACGUUAAUGCCAUUGACAGUCAGAGGAUGAAAGAAAUCAAAUCAUUUACCUCAGUUUUGUCGGAUAUCCAUUCUUCACUUAAGCCGUGGAUUCCCAGACUUGGAAAGGCACUUGCAUCGUCUCACACGGAGCCUCAGAUUCAAAUUGCUGAGCCCUGUGUUGAAUCUCCACCCGUGGCUAAGCUAGGUGAUGAACAUGCAAUUGAUACUCCUAUGCCGACUAAGCAUGAAUCUCUAGUCUCCCCUUCUCCUCUUGUAUCUUGGCGUGCUACUGGCUGUCUAGAAGAGAGAGGUAAACAACUAUUUCUUCUCACUCCUCUGCUGAGGUCAAAAACUACAAUUUCCAAAACUCAUGCCUCUUCCAAGCUAACCACUCUUGACACGGUCUCCUCAAGCCUAAAUGCAAAAGAAAAAUCCAAUUGUGAAAAGGUUGAAGUUAUUUCUGAAAGUCUGGAUACAACAUCAGAUGUAGGCUUGGUGUCUACUCGGAAAGAGGCAGUUGGUGACUCCUCCGCAGUAUUGAGUACCCCAUGCCUCAAAAACCCACCUUCAAGAAACUAUGUUUUUCACGAACCUAGCCAUAAUAUUUCCUACAAAACGAUUACUAAAUCCCAUAAAUCAACGCCAUUUCCAAUCGGAAACAAAACUUUGUAUGAUUCAACGGAUUCUGAGACAUCCAGCGGUCAGGUUCCAAAGAAGCUAGGCUUGAAGUUUCCUGAGUUGAUUGGAAUAAACACCUCAUAUUUGUCGAAAAAUGGAACCAGAGCAUUAGAUGCUUCACCGGCAUGGAUGAUGUCGCCACCUAAAUGUUGUACAUUGCUUGAACCACGUGAUGAGAAAAAACCAAAACUCGGCACUGAUUUGCAAGAACUACCAAAUACUUUCAAUCAGCGAUUAUGCCUUGCUCGUACAGAAAGCAACAUCAAUGAUGAUAAGCAAGAUAAAGAAAACAAGAAAGUAUGCUUGCCAGUUAUUAUCUUCGCUGCAGGCAACAGUAAGAGCAACAUCACAAUGGUAGCGAGCACUCCUUUGUGGAAGGGGUCUGCAAGCACGAUUUGCAGAAGUAAGCGGCCUGCUGGUGAGAAUACUUUGAAGAGGGAGCUGUGGGAGAGGUUUGAAGCUGCAUCAACUGAUGGGUAUCGUCUAAAUUUCGGAGUAUUUAAUGAUGAUUGUCAGAAAGGAUUCCUAGAGAGGUUAGAGGAAGCUUCAGAUGAUGAGUCUAAUAAGCAUUCUGAUGCCCGUAGGUGAUCAGUAAUAGCAUUAGAAUGCUCAGUGCAAGAAUUUGUUUUGUAAGCGGUGGAUUUUCCUGUUGCAUUCAAGUUAAAUUCAAAGCCACCAAAGGUGUAUUUUGCUUACCAUAUUCAUAACGAGUAACGACCAUCUUUUUCUGCUUGUUUUAUUUUGCCUUUUGAAGUAAAAGGGAAUCUUAUAACAGCCAAAAAGUACACUACCUAAUUUGGACAACAACACUUCUGUAUGAGAUUUAUCUCACGAUAAGACGGAUUUAUAGGAUCUAAUAGGGAUAAUUUUAUCACGAGAGUAUCUUAUUUAAGAAAUUGUGUUUGGAUGAAUCUUAAAAUCCA